AUGGCUGCGCUAGGAAUUUUGUUGUCAAAUUUAUUUUCUAAACCAAGGAUAGAGCUAAUGCCCUCUCCAGGCCCUGACAUGGGACUCCAGGAAAGCUCUGACUGCUGUUCUUGCCCAGAAAAGUGGAUUGGGUACCGAUGCAACUGUUACUUCAUUUCUAAUGAGGAGAAAACUUGGGAAAAAAGUAGGCAGUUCUGUGAUUCUCUGAACUCCAGUCUACUUCAACUUCAAACCAGAGAUGAACUGGAUUUCAUGCACUCCAGUCAGUACUUUUACUGGAUUGGACUGUUUUAUAGUAAAGAACAUAAUGCCUGGCUGUGGGAGAAUGGCUCCACUCUCUCCAAGAACCUGUGA